AUGUCUGAAGGAUUUGAUUCACUAACAUUCCCGAUGCCAAGAGAAUCCGAGUCCGCUUCUCGACUAAAAGCAAUAAUAUCCGAUAUGCUUCCUCUCUUCUCUGACUAUUACUCUGACGACGACGUCCUCUCUGAGUAUGUUACUGUGAUUGUUUGUAACGGAAAGAGUCAGAGCCAGGCAAGAGACUAUUUGGAGGCAUUUCUUGGGGAGCAAUCUGGGGAAUUUGUUGCCUGCUUGUGGGAGCUUCUUUUGAAUGACUUCUCUCAAGGUAAACAGGAAAAUUCUGGUUCUGAACCUAAGACUGAGGUUGACUGUGGUUUUCAUGAUACUUCAAUCGAACAAGGUUCAAGCUCCAGAAGGGAUAAUGACUAUGAUCACAAAGCUACCAAUGCUACUUACUGGAUGAACGAAGAGCUGAUAUCAGCUACUGCUCGGGAAGACAUUGAGACUCAUGUGUCGCCAAAAGUUAAAAGCAUGAACAUGUUACGACAAGAGCUCAUCGAUAGCCCUUGUAAAAGGGCACAACCAAAAGAGAAAGAUGAUUGGAACUUGGCUGGUCUUAAUUACUCUAGAAAAGUACUGCGCUCCGUUGUCGUUUCAGCCACUAAAGAACCAUGUCGUAUAAAUCCUGAUAAAUAUGAAAAGUCUAUGGAUGAAAGGAGAGGAAGCCUACAGAAGCGCCUAUACUUUCCAAAACCUCAUGUUAGUGUUUGGGAUCGUUUGAGCCGACCAUGUUCCAACCAUGCCCUUGACAAAGAAUACCCUACCUUGCCUAAGUUUAGGAUUCAGGCAGAUGAAAACGAAGUGCCAGAGCAGCAUGGACCAGCAUUUCCUGUAGCGUAUAGUGAACAACAUGUGGAGACAUUUCAAAGAGAAGCUCCUGCAGUCAGAUACAGGCGCGGAGUUUCCCAGUCUUAUAAAGCUAGGAAACCCAAGAGUGGAACUAUUACAUACACUGAACCUCAUACCGCGUAUAACCUCAGCAGAAAGAGGCGUUAUGGCAUCAUCAACCCCGAUUCAGGAGGUGCUUCACUUGGUGAGUUGAGCAGUGUUCUUCAGUAUAAGCAAGCUAAACAGGAUGUUGAAAAGCCAAGCCUGAUCUCUGAUCAGUCAGCAAAGCCAGAUCUUUUCACUGAGAUACUGAACAUGAAACAAAAGAUGCAACAACUAGAAAUCCAGAUUAAUCAAGCAAAGCAGUUGAAGAAACCAAAAGUUGGAGAACUCAAACGCUCACCACAAUCUGGCGAAUUGCAGGAUCAAGAAGAUGUCACAGAAUCAAGAAUCAUACAUGUUACUAACGUGCACUAUGCAGCAAAGAAAGAAGCUAUAUCAAUGCUCUUCAGCAAGUGUGGAACUGUCGAAAACGUUACAAUUGUAACUGAUCCAGUAACUCGACAUCCAAAGGGAGCUGCUUUUGUGACUUUUGCUACAAAGGAGUCAGUUAACAAAGCAAUAGCUCUGAGCAACACAAUCUUCUAUUCAAGACCAAUCAAGGUUUGGAGGCACGUAUGAUAACUUUCUGGAGUAAUGUCAGAGACACCAGCACCAUAGGUAGUAGUUACUGGAAGUUUAACCAAUAGAAGCUUUAUAGUAAAGAGAGGCUACAUACAUCACCUUAACGACGUCGUUGUACAGCUUUUAUAAUCGUAUCAUCGAUAGGAAACGACUAGAGAUAACUGAAACGCAUAUAUUUCGUUACUGAUGUCACAAUUGAUUCCACU